AUCAUAGUAGGAUGGUAAAAGAACCUCACCUUGUUAUUUUGAGAGAACCGAAUUCUCGAUUGAUUGGUUACGCAAGACUGGUAGAGGAAAGUGCUGAAUACAAAACAACAAAAUUGAAUGAAUUUUUCAACGAUAAAAACAUAUCUCUGGAUGCAUUGAUUGGCAUAUGCACUGACGGUGAGCCAACAAACACUGGCACACACGGUGGAAUUAUACGAAGAUUCGAAUUGCUGCUAAAAAGACCAUUGCAUUGGUUUGUUUGCCUUCUACACUUCAACGAACUUCCGUUUCGACAUUUGUUUGGGGUUUUGGAUAAAUCAUCCACCACUGGACCAACAUCAACAACCGGGAAACUAAGCAAGCAAAUUGAAAAUUCUGAAGCUCUUCCGGUGGUGAGCGACUUUCAGAGAAUUGCGUUGGAAAAUAUGCCUCCUGUUGCAGAACAGCACGAAUAUUCCACCGAUUCGCAGUACUUAUACGACAUGGCACAUGCAAUUUCUAAUGGCGUGGUUUCUGUGGAUCUGGCUAACAUAAAACCAGGGAAAAUUGUACAUUCUCGCUGGCUCACCAAGGCCGCUAGAUUAUUACGAUUAUAUGUGACAAUGAAAAAACCACCUAAAAAUUUAAGAAUUCUAUGUGCCUUAUGUGCCAAUGUAUUUUAA